GCGCCGCAGUUGGGCGGGGCUGUCAGACAGCUGGGGGCUCACGCUGUUCUUUUUGGAGUUCACAUAUGAAUGUGUUGGAGGGGAAGGAAUCAUAUAUUCUCCUUUCUUAACUGUUUAAAUCACACGAAGAAGCAACUUUAAGAAAAAUAUUGAAUCAAAAUGACAACAAUGGCUCAGUUUGAUUGUCAAUAUUGCACAGCAUCACUUCUUGGGAAGAAGUACGUAGUAAAGGAUGACAGUCCAUACUGUGUUUCUUGUUAUGAUCGUCUCUUUUCUCACCGUUGUGAGGAGUGCAAAGAACCCAUCGAGUCAGAUUCCAAGGAUCUUUGUUACAAAGGCCGGCGCUGGCACAAAGGAUGCUUCAGUUGCGCCAAAUGCAAUCACUCCCUGGUGGAAAAACCUUUUGCUGCCAAGGAUGAGCGCCUGCUGUGCUCGGAGUGCUAUUCCAGCGAGUGCUCCUCCAAGUGCUUCCACUGCAAGAAGACCAUCAUGCCUGGUUCCCGUAAGAUGGAAUUUAAGGGAAACUACUGGCACGAAACCUGCUUUGUGUGUGAGCAUUGCCGACAACCAAUAGGAACCAAACCUUUGAUUUCCAAAGAGAGUGGCAAUUAUUGUGUGCCGUGUUUUGAGAAGGAGUUUUCUCACUACUGCAGCUUUUGUAAGAAGGUGAUAACUUCAGGUGGGAUAACGUUCCGUGACCAGCCAUGGCAUAAAGAGUGUUUUCUGUGUAGUGGCUGUAGGAAAGAGCUCUGUGAGGAAGAGUUUAUGUCCAGGGAUGAUUAUCCGUUCUGCUUGGACUGCUACGACCACCUUUAUGCCAAGAAGUGUGCAGCCUGCACCAAACCCAUUACUGGUCUCAGAGGUGACAAGUUCAUCUGCUUUCAAGACCGCCAGUGGCACAGCGAGUGCUUUAACUGUGCGAGGUGCCCGGUCUCCUUGGUGGGAGAAGGCUUCCUGACCCAGGACAAGGAAAUUUUCUGCCGCAAAUGUGGCUCUGAGAUGGACAUUGACAUCUAGAAGUAGACCGUCCUUCCCCAUCUGAAAUCCACGUUGUUUUUGUUCUCACUAAAUCCGUAACUCGGCUGAAGUAGUUUUUCUCAUUUUAGUUUAGAAAAUAUUAAUGUAGAGUUUAUAGUGGAAGAGUUUUUGCACACAUUCUGAUUGAACUGUAUUAUAAAAGCUAAAAAAAGGCACAGUCUAACACAAAUGAAUAUAUACUAAAUCACAAAGGCACCUCUCCUUGCAAAAUACUGCACCCUACUGUUAGAAACAUAGCAAAAUAUCUCUUUAUUGUAAUCAAGUAUAUGACCUAGACCUAGAAGCCCUGGAUGUUAUUACUGGAGACGUUUGUCAACACUGCAGAGUAAAAAGGAAAUUAAGAAAUCAAAUAGAAAGAUGUAGGUAAGACUGAUGUUUGCAUUCCUGGCUAGCUAGUUAUAUAAUGCAUGAUAGGUUGCCUAUGAAUGGCAGACGAACCAAACUUAUCAGGAAAAACUGAUUAUCAACAUCACAUUUAAGAAUUCUGUCAUUUUCUCAUUCUUGUUUUGUUCACACAUACUGACUUUGGAGUUGAAAAGCAAAGCUGUGAUUUGCCCUCAUCCACACUGCUUCUACAGCUGGUUAGUUCCUGUGUUUAACCCAUGGAGUCUGAGAAUUAUGGAUGCUACGUCUCUCUCAUACUCUGCAUAGGCAUAAAGGUGUCCUUUCUACCUAGGGAAAACAAAGCAUAGGUUUCAACACAUUUUGUAUUAACAUUUUCAAAACCCACAGUGACUUUUCUAAAUACUUACAGAUUCCAUGAAAGGAAAGUCUGUUCUUUCAAAAGAGCUAAACAGGAUAAUCAUUGUCCCCAAAGACAAACCUUUAAAGUAAAUAGAUCCUUAAAUCAUCGCUUGUGGAAAUGAGUUUUAGGGAAGGGAUUGAGUGUUGGAACAUGACUUUCAUCCAGAUAUCUAAAGGCAUAAUAGAAUGCAUGAUUAGCUCUGAGCCUCAUGCAUUUUGCCUUCUAAAAUUACACAGAUGAUUAAUAGGAAGACAUAAAAGUGGGCUUUAAAGAAAUCUAGUAAUAAUAAGAACCGAAAAAGAAUAAUUCACUGCUGAUAACUCAUGACCUGCAAAGCAGUACAAUAGAGCAGUGCAGGCUGUAGAUGAACCUUCCCCACUGUUCCUUCACCCAGUGCCACCUGCCGCACCCCAUGCUAACCAGGCUCCAGAGCUUCAAGCUCCUGCACGACCCUGAGGUGCACUCCCAACCAGAAGCAGACAUUCUACAAAUGAGCAGCAAUUACUGAUCACAAGAGAAGUAACAGCCUUAGGGAAAAGCCUACCACCAUAUGUAUAUCUUUCAACCAGAUGUCAAUUGAUGAUGUUUCUACCUAGCUGCCCCUGGACAAUAUUUUCCAUGUUAUGUGGGACAAAUGGAAAACAACCUCGGUUCCCCACAGUGAAUUAUCACCAUUGUAGCAUCACUUGGGUGGGAUAAAGGGAGGUCAGGAGAAGAAACCCACACAGACAUAAUAUUUUUAUAAUUGUCUACUCUGAUUACUGCAUAAGCAUUAAAGGUUCUGAUUGAAAUCUAAUUACAUGCUGUGGCUGAUUACAAUGAUUAAAAUAGUAUCACAGGAGAUUCAAUUAAAAUUGUUAUGGAAACACAAUUUUUGAAACAGUUUAAACUGUAAGGACAUUUGGAGAUGCUAACAAUUUAGAGAUAUUAAUGAAAAAUCAGACUACAUAGGCUCUUUGAAAGAUAUAGUUGUCUUUUUUUUGUCAUUUUCUCAUAUUCACAUUGUAAAAUAUAGGCAAAACUAUCAAUAUUUUUCCUGCAUUGUGAAAUUGCAUAUGUGGAACUCACUGUACCAAAUGGUCUAUGAUCUAGAAGCAGGAGUGCCUUACAUACAUGCAAAACCAAGCUAAGUCUGGAUAGACACACAACAUUGCUUCAGUUAACUCAUUAUAGAUAAGUAUACAAAAUGUAAUGUUUUCUUAGUUAAACCAUUGGUCAUGUUUAGGUAUUUUGCCUUCGAUGGGGUGGGGUGCGACUAUGAAAGUGAUCAGACAUGCAUUCUAUCUGUAUAAUUAAAAUCACGGAAACAUUUCCAAGAUAAAGAGAUUUUGUCAUCCUUCGAUACGUGUACUUAAAUAUAUGUACUUUCGCCUAUACAUAAUGCCACAUUCCAAAUAUGUAUUCAACAUACACUAUGUGCCAAGUUAGAGUGCAAGCUGUUGUGAGUCUGGGUGGUGGGAGGGUAGACCUGGGCAUCAAUGUGGGAGUGCCACUCACAGAGAUCUUUUCCUACAACUUAUAAAAGGCGCCACUGUAGACUAACACACGUAUGCAUAACAGCUCAGAAGGCUUCAUUAGACUUACAUACACACACGGAUAAGAGUAAAAAUAUUAUACUACAUAGUAUAGCUGAUCUGAGGUCAGUAAAGAGAAAAGUUCUCUAACUGGCCUGCCCACAGGUGGAGGGGACCUGCUCAGGGCACAGUGGGCUCCCAGUGGUUCAAGGACUUACAUCUGUGCAGGCAGAGAAGCAGAAGCAAAUCCUGUCUGUGUGUCAAUAACAACCAGAUGGCCCGGAAGUAGCAGGAAGACCGUGCCAAAGAGCAACAGGAAAUGCAAUUGCUUGAAGAGAAAAGGUCAGAUGAAGGGAGAAUAUUAAAUCUUAGGAAAAAUUGUUUAUAUUAGCUAAAUGAGGCAGUAAAACAUUACGAACUAUUCUUAAAUAGAAGAGAAAAAGCAUCAGGGCAGGGUUUGAGGACCACUGUGCUCAUGAUUCGACCUAGAACUGUAGAGGGCAAGUUCCAAAGGCCAGGUCUCCUUAUGCAGUAAGACAUCUCGUUAGUGCCCCCAGAAGCAAAAAGGUAGAAGCAUUUGUUGAUGCAAGCCAACAAGAGCUGUAUGUACUGCUGGAGACGAGUAUGCAAGCCAACUAGUCAAAGUAUUCUAUGUUGUCAUGUUAGAAUUAAAGAUGACAAAGAAAAGUCCAGAAAAGGAUGUCUGUGUCUGUGAUAAUAGGUAGAGAACCAAGGUUUCAAUUUUCACUUAAUAAAAUCAUAAACAUGUAAUAUUGGAACAGUUCAGUGAAGUGUGAUAGGGCUGUUAUCAUGGGUUCAAAACUUACUAAAACUUUAAAGGAAAUAUUAAAUUACGAUGGCGUAAAAGAUUGACCAACCUUUGUAAAAAUGGUAACAUUGUCACAAAAGGCCUUGCUUAAAAAUCACUGCAAAAUUUGUUACUGUAAAUUAAACAUAUGUCUGAUGAUAGUAACGACAUUUUUGAGUUUAAGAAAAAAAGGACUUUUAAAAUCCACUUUGUGUAUCAGUAAUAAUUCAUAUUCUAAAUGAGAAAAUGAUCGUUACAGUAUGUUUUAGGUAUAUGUAAUUGAGCACAUACAUUAUUCUCAAAUACAUUUAUAGAUACAAGGUUUAUGAUUUCAGUUAAUACCAUUUUUACCUGCUUUACAAAUUGUGAUUUUCAGGAGUUUCUUGUACUGAAUAAAUUUGCUUGGUACAUAUUUCUCAAAUUGUUUUUAGAGAUUUAGUUUAUACAUUAACUCUGCAUGUAUGAGAUGACUUUGUAGCAUUUCAACGUUUAUUAUAUAAGGGGGCAUGAUUACUUUUAUCUUCUUGUCCCACCCAUUUUUACAACACCCAAAUUAUACAGUCAUCAUUUCAGAGUAAUAACAUGAUUGAAUUCUGUCUGACCCAAAUAAGAAUGCCUCUCCCAUUGAACUAGGAGAGCCAUAUCUGUGCACUUUCUUACAGUGAUCAAAUUUUAAAAUAUUCUAAACUAGGAAGAAUCAUUUUAUUUCUAAUUAUCAUUCCUGUGAUUCUAAAAAUACUCUAUCAGAAUUCAAUUGGAUUUUGCUAUUUAACUGAAAUAGUCAUUUGCUAAUUUCUUAUUCUUUCUAUAUUGGAGAGAUUUUUUAAAAUUCGUAAUGGUUUUAAAGCUCAUGGGUACAGAUCAGUAGUUGCCAGAGGCAGUGGGGAGGGGAAUGGACAAAAUGGAUGAAGGGCAUCAAAAGGUACAAAGUUCCCGUUACAAAAAAAGUCAUGGAGAUGAGAUAUACAGCAUGGUGACUAUAGCUCAUAUUGUAUAUUUGAAAGUUGCUAAGAGAAUAUAGAUGGAUCUUAAAAGUCAUCAUCCCAAGGAAAAAAUUUUUUUCAUAUGUACGGUACUUAUUGCAAUCAUUUUGAAAUGUACACAAAUAUUGAAUCAUUAUGUUGUACACCUGAAAACUAAC